UCCGGACGCUUCAUAUCGUGGCGCGCUGCCACCGUGGCAACACGUUUUUGUAUUUUCGGCGAAGAAGAGAUUUCGUGAUUUUGACAGCCAGCUGUUGUCCGCCGAUUUCCUUUGAUCCGCGACUCUUGUGGCUCGUUAUAACCAUCGCUUAAACGGAAACACGUCUAAACCAGGUGAAAGGUUGUCGCGAUCACGGUGACCUUUUACAAUCACAGCUCGAAUUUGAAUUCGAAUUCACAUGGUUUGGACGUUGCGCGGGACUUGGUAUUGAAACUUUGUUUGUGUGAGAGUGAGAGAGCGAGUCUUGCGAGGGAAGAAAGCUGGCGAGCUGGCAGAUUGUGACGAGGGAGAAGAUCACGGAGUUGCUGGAAUUGCUGGUGCUGCGUUGGGCCAGGAUGUCGUUCUUCAGGGGUUUGUGGAAGAGCAGCUCGAAGCAUAAGAAACUAUGCGAGGAAUGGGCGCUGGCAAACAGCCGCGAGUGCGUGGAGAGUGGUGGUUCGACGAGCACCACGCACGGGGAGGAAUCCGAGGACGCGUCUGAAGCGAGGUUCACCCUCAAAUAUUUGGGUAGCACCCUUGUCGAGACGCCCUCGAGCGAGGAGACCACGGCGGAGGCUAUCAAGACUGUGGUCACCAUGGCAAAAGCAAGCGGAAAGAAGCUGCAAAGAGUCUCUUUGGCUGUGAGCUUGAGGGGAAUCAGAAUGACAGACCUGGCCACUGAAGAAGAUCAGCUUCAGGUGUCGAUAUACAGGAUCUCGUAUUGUUCGGCGGACGCAACGCACGAUCAUGUGUUCGCGUUCAUCGCGACAAAUCUGAACGAGACAAUGGAGUGCCACGCGUUUCUCUGUCCGAAGAGAAAAAUGGCGCAGACAGUGACGCUAACUGUGGCGCAGGCUUUCAACACGGCUUAUCAGGCGUGGCAGUUGUCGCAGUCCGAUCCUAGGAUCCAUCACGCGCAGGAUAAGAGUCCUCCCUUGACGGACGGCAGGAUCGAAAACAAUGAGAAGAAGAACGCAAGCGACACAAAGAUCAGCAACGGUAAGAUCAAUGAACAAAACAAACAAAACGGACAACAGCGACGCGCCGACAGUCAAAAGAAUCUUCUAAUUGAUCUGUCGAACGACUCAAAACCUACGGGAAAUUCAUGGGUGUGUUUUGAAGAGGAUUCGGACGUGAAGAAGAGUCAGAAGAAGAGCAACGCGGCAGUUAACAACAGUAUUCCCAUGACUACACUCAGGCAUCACACGGCAACGUCGGCCCCGUCUCAUCAUGUAGUGCCCCGACCGAGCGCCAGUUUCAAAAUGCAGAAUGCCUGGGGCGAGUCCAGGUCGGUCGAUCUGAUGUGUUCGUAGCAGGCAGGAUAGCCGACGGCCGAUAGCUUCAGAGACGUGCCGUUGAUUACGGGUCUCUGGAAGCAUCUUUCGAAUAACGGCCAACCCAAAAAGACCGAUCAGUAGAUCCAUCAGGUCCUUAUCCUGCCGAUUGCCGCGAAUACAAGUCGAUAUGAGAAGCGAGGAUAUAUCUCUGCCGAUUACGCGUAUUUUUAUCGAAACAUCAUUUUUAUCGAAGAAAAACAGCGGAGACGCGACGGGUGACGUCUAUUUUUUGUGUGAUGUAAUCUGGACGGAACUUUGUUCAGAGUUCGGAGUUUUAUGUUUGUUGAUAGAGAGCACAGAAGAGAGAGAGAGAAAGAGAGAGAGAGAGAGAGAGAGAGAGAGAGAGAGAGAAAGAAAGAGAGAGAGGAGAAUGUAUUUUAUCGAGAAUGAUACUUUAAAGAACUCUCGAUCCAUAGCACAGAUAUUACGAUAAUCGAGGUAGCAAUUUAUAAUAGAUUUUGUAUAACAUAUAUUAUAUAAUAUAUAUAAAUAUACGCACACAUAUACCACCUUUUCUGUGCCAAUUACCUUAAACUUAAAUACAUAUCGCAUAAAUGUCGCUAAAUGAGAAUGUGAGUCUAGAUUCAUUCGCUUUUUUUAUAUACCGUUUUUCACGAUCAUCAAAUACGAAAGGUAAAAAUACUUUGAGAGAACAGUUUAAGAAUGUACAAUUUUCGAUUCUAUAUCAUGGCGAUUCAAUACCAAUGCUACAUGUUUACUAGCGUUUUGAAUGUGUUUGAGUUUAAUUUCUCUCUCUGUCUGUUGUACAAAACCAUGUUUUAUAAUAUUCCAGAGAAUUAAUACGUGUUUGUUAUUUUUGUUGAAAAUAUAUUAUUGUGACAAAAAAGAAAAAAAAAUCAAAAAGACAGGUUUCGUAGAUCGAUUCCCUCUGUGAUGCUGGACAGAGAAAUGAUUUUUUAUGUAAUUGUUAAUAAUCGAGACUCCUUGAUUAAAUAGCUGGACUAUUUCUCAGUUGAAUGUUCGUUAAAGUAGUUUCGCAAGAGCUACAUAUAAAAACACCGCAUUAUUUUUAAUGUACUUUUUUAUGUAAAUUUUAUAUAUAUAUAUAUAUUAUUCUCCCCGAAAAAAUUAAAUUAAUGAGAUACACUUUCUGCUCGCGCCGAUAAACAACUUUAUUAUUAAUGUCGACGGAGCAAGCGCGCAAGCGCCGUUAAAUUACCGCACCACUUCACAUAUAUUACAUAUUAAAACUUGAAUAUGUUAAUGUUAAUACUUCGUGAAUAAAUAUGUGCGCAUAGUAGAGAGGUAGGCCGUAAGAAUGAAUUGCUAAUAAUCGAGGGACGAGUUAACAUGGUUUAACCGUUAACUAUAUUGAAAUAUUUAAUUUAUCGAUUGUUAAAUCUUUCUCGCAAAUAUAUAUUGAAUAUACGUGAAAUCUGGUUUUAGAGAUCGUAACUGUAAUAAUAAUUGUCGCGAGAACUGUCUGUCUUUUUCGACUGUUCUAAUAUUUCGUUUUAGCGUGGUCGAUUGCACAAACUCUGUUUUGGUUAUUUUCAAUAAGAUAACUCGAACAGACUUCUCGCCGCACGGUCGAUCGAGCUGUGUUCGUUCUCCGAAGAGGAGGAUAUAAGAAAUAUAAUACAUCCAUAUCGUAAUUCACUGUCCGUUAGUGUCAGUACUUAUGUAUUAUUAAACAAAAAAAUAUACGUGUGCGUGUGUGUGUUACAUACAUUUUUGCCCUAAAUGUUCGUAGUAUAUAAGUAAACAAAAAUCAAAUAUACGCAUACAUAUCCUAUGUGCAUUUUGUAUUGAUCUAUCCUAUUUUAAUAGAGAAUAAAAAGAAAUCUCUUCCUCUUUACACAAUAUAUCCUUUAAAAUAAAAACUAAAAAAACAUCAAUGAGUUCAUUAAUAUUGUAAUAAUUUGUAUUUAACGUUCACAAUUGGGAGGAAAGGUUGAAAUAACACGUACGUUAAAGUAGCCAAAAAAAAAAAAGAGAUAAAUGUGUGUUUUAACAGAAAUUUAUUGUUCCAUUACAUCACGAAUGUAACCUGUGAGAAGGGAGUAGCCUUCCAGGUAUUCUGAUAAAUUGAGAAGAAGCAAGAGUAUAACAUACACGAGGAUAUAAUUCUAAUUUACUUAUUAUUUAUAUUUUAUGUAAUUAAGAUUUUUUAGCUUUUCUUCUUAGCCAAUUUAUAUCGUCAUCGAGCCUCACAAGUUUUUCUUGGCGAUCGAGUUUUGUAAAUCGAAGAUUAUUACGUUUAGACGAUAUAGAACUUUGUGGUUUUUUUUUUUUUGUCUCAGUUACUGUAAUUAUUUUGGUUUGAGAAGAUGCCAAUCGGACCGGCGACGCAAAAUGAACACAAGAAGAGAACAUUUUUCUUCUCCGAGAGAUGGAAAGUGGAAAUAUUUUGCGAAUAUUUCAAAAAACGUUUUUAAUGUUUGUAAUGGACUAUUAUAAUUACGUAACUACAUAUCCAGAUAAAUAUACUGAAAAGUUUUUCAAAAUACCUCAACAGUUUCAAAGAUAUUUCAUUUUGGUGUUAAACAAACCGUUGUACAAAUAUUUUGAGAAAACUCUCAGAAUAUUUAUUUUCAAGUUCAAUAUACGAGUCCUUGUGUACACAGAUUUGUGUAGAUUAGUCUUUACUUCUUGAUCUCUAGUUUUAACAUUAUAGAAAUAUUCUUAUAUAAAAGUUUCAAGAUUAUAUAUAUAUAUAUAGCUUAUUAGCAACAUAUAUAUACUAUUUAUGCAUGUGUGUGUCUUUUUUUGGAAUAUAUUUGCAAAAUAUUUCCUCACUAUCUCAUUGCGCGGUCCAAUCUGCUUAUCAGCAACAUAUGGAUAUAACACGUCCUCGUGUCCGUUUUUUCCAAAAACUUUCUGAUGCUUCUAGUUAACGACGGCAUCGCACAUAUAUGGAUGUAUUUAUAAUAUAUUACACGGUAUAUUUUUUUUUUUUUACAUCGCGCCAUCGGACGCUUUUCGACAUUACUCUCGCACAAUCUAUUCUUCAUAUAAAUACUUAAACUUUACUUCUUAUACGCGGUACUUACGUUUUAAUUCUAUUUCGUUUUUGCUGAGAGUGGUGUUCAACAGUCAUAUACGCCGCACGAGAACCGCAGUUCGCGGUAACGUGUGUAAAAAAAUAAAUUGCACUGCGCGCGCGCACCGAACACGAUCUCUUAUCUCUUAACAAUAGUGAUACAGCAAUAAAGGGAUCGUAAAACUUAACCUUCGCGAUUAUACAUAUAGUCCGGAAGUUCUUCUCUCUCGAUACAUAGUCUUCCCAAGUUACAUUCCGCAUUUACGCAAAACUUUUCAUCUGCAUAAUGUACAAUAGUACGUAUAAAAAUCUCAUCUUCUCGACGGAAGCUCUCAGAAUCGUGAAAAUGUAUAGAACGAGAUGAUUCCUCUCUCCGCGAGAUUCUCGUGCGGCAAUUUGAACGUACUAUAAAUUUGUCCGACGAUUAGUGAGACGCACAGAAUACAUCGCGCAAAUUUAUUCAAUCCUGCAUCUUUAAAAUAUAAAAAAUUAAAAUUUCAAUCACGUAAGUCCAAAAAAAUAAAUUAUUUCUUAUAUUAUAUUUUAAUAUCUCGAACUGGGAUUACUUUACGCGGAACAUUCUGCACGUAGCGUGCUCGCUAUAUUUCCAUUCUCAUCUGAAAUUACUUUGGGUACUUUUCCUUUAUAAGGUAACGAUAAUAAUAUAUGUAUAUAUAUAUAUAUAUAGUACAACGUUUUCUCUUAUAAACUACUCUAGAGUAAUAUCCUAAAUUGUUGUUCCUUCGCACGUUCGCUCCGCUUGUCUUUCACUUCCGUUAGCAAAGUAGUAAAUAUGUAACAAAGAGUAUUCAAGAUAAGUUUUACAAAAGUACAAAUCUACACUUGCAAGCUUACUCUGUAUCAUUCUCCACAGAUCUUUCAUUCACCAAUAUUACACAAAUUACGUAUGCUCUCCAUGAAAUUAAUCUGUUCCGCAUACCGCGGCACAUCAAUGUGUUCCUUCUUGAAAAGGAAAAUAUCCAAGACAUUGAUGUUCAUAAAUCUAAAUUACUCGUCGCUUCUAUAAGAUCUAAAGUAUUUUGUGUCGCGUGAUUUUAUUCUUUUCUCAAGUCAAGUUGUAAAUUUCUCUUUGAAAACGCGCGUCUUUGAUUUGUUUCUGACGUGCGUGUGUUUCCAAUUUUUAUCCAAUAAGAAAAAAUUGUCGUGUAUCUUAUAGCGAGAAAAUUCACGGUUAGACGAUUGAAAAAAAAAAAAA